AUGGCCAACACCCUGCUUUGUGGUGCCACGGAAAGGAAGGCCACCAAGAAGGGGCACAAAGAGGCCAGUGACGUCAGCCCUGCCGAUGCCCCAGCAACACCAGAGGAGCCGCACCAGCACCAGCACCACCAACACGUGGCGAGCUCGAGAGAGCAGAGGCGGGAGCGACGGCGCGAGCUGCUGGAGGCCGCCAAGCAGGAGCUCGAGUGGCGCGUCUUCAUCGCCUCGCGCAAGUCCACCACAUCUGCGACGCCUCCUCCUCCUCCCUCAGCGGUGGCCACUGAGCCCAGUCCUGCCCCUCCUGUCGCUGACGCCGCCGCCAGUCCAACGACCAAGAGCAGCACCACUGCCAACGACCAAGAGGAGCACCCAGAGCGGAAACGGGAAGACCUGGGGCGCAGGAUGAUGCGCAGGAGGUUGCGACGAGUGGCCCGUGAAAGCCGAGACCACCGCCUCCCGGAAAACGUGUGGGGCGCCUUCAGGCAGUUCGAGGUGCUGCUCGCCGAGCCCACGCGCUCGCUGGAAGAGGUGCAGAAGGCGGUGGACGAGUGGUACGGGCGUCUCCCGUUCCGGCCCAACUUCCGCGCCGAGCUUGACAUGAGCAAGGCCCUCCACACCUACGUUCCGUUUUGGCACUUUGCCUGCAACACCGCGUGUCAGUACCAGGGUCGAGCACGGAUAGGGAGACGCUUCGCGGCCAAAUACGGGGAGAAGACAUCGGGCACGCUCUCCACGGCGUUCCCCGUGCUCAUCUGCGCCGAGGAGCCCACGCCCAAGCGCAAGCCCGUGCUCGCCUCCAUCGACGACCUCAAGUGGCACGAGGUGAGCGCCGAGGGGCGGCUGGUGUCGCUGACGGCCAGGAGCGAGUCGUCGCUCAAGGAGGUCCUCGACGCUCACCUCCGGCCGACAGAUCGCGUGAUGGACCUCACCCUGCAGCCGCAGGCCGCCUGGCAGCGCGAGGGCCGCAAGCGGCUGGAGGAGGUCGAGCGCGAGCUCAGCGAGCGGGCCAUCAUCGAGAGCGAGCGGGCGCGCGGCGUGCUCCGACCCAACAACGACGCCGACGGCGAGGCGUGGGAGGUGGACCUCGACUACGUGGCCCGCACCGAUCAGGAGCGUGAGCAGGGCAUGGGCCGGGUGAGCCUCGUCCUGGUCCCGGUCUACGAGCUCCACUACCGGUGGCACGGCUUCGAGUACCACCUGUGCGUGCGCGACGGCGACCACGCGGCGGGAAGCCCGCAGCCCGACUCGGACGAGCGCCCGCUGCCGCUGAUCGAGGGCAUGCGGCCCUACUCCUACGCCAAGAUCUCGCUGGCCGGGCUGGCCGGGCUCGGCGUCGGCUUGGCCUCCUACUGGAUGAUCACCCACUGA